UGGGACUGGAGAGGCGGAGGCUGGGAGGGAAAGUGGAAGGGGAGAGCCUGAGAAGCGUAUUGGCGAUGUCAAUCAGCCCUGUAAAGCUAGAAUUUUUACGAAUUUUUUCUUCCCUACCGUUUACGAGGAAGACUUCCCCGAAGCCUGUCCACUGCACUCCACUCCAACAACUGGUUGAUGCAGGGAUCAUGUGUGAGCCUUGCAAUGGUAAAGGAUGGGUACUUUGUAAUUUUUGCAAAGGGCAAAAGACAAACGUGAGAACUGAAAAAAACAGAAUCUACCGCCGCUGUCCAUCUUGCAAAGCGGUUGGAUGUGUUUUGUGUUCGAAAUGCAAGGUUUUCAAGUGUGUCACCUUCCCAAAUCAAAGUGAUUGUGAAGAUGUAUCCUUCUGAUACGCAUACUUUUGUAAGGCAACAAAGAAUUUGUUCAGCUACUUUGCUUUUGAAGUGACUUUGAUUGUUUUCAAGAGCCGAUAUUCUGGUUCCUUUCUUUUCUCUUUCUUUGUAAAAUUUAUAUUUUUCGUCCUCUGGUGAAUGUUGUUUUAUUAGUGGAUAUCUAAGCCAUUCUCAUUGGGGAAAUAAAACAAUUGUUUGAGUGACUAA